CGGAGGCACGCGUUGCUAGGGGCAACAGACGGAAGUAUGCACUCAUUGGCGUAGUAGUAAGUUGGGGAACCUGAACUUCCUGUAUUGAGGGGCGGAGCUUUUCGGUCUCUGUGGUGACAGAUUUCCACCUUGUUAACUGGCUGGCUGUUAAUCCUAGCGAUGGAUUCCGAAAGCCUAUUGCUUUCCUUGGAGCUGGCAUCAGGCAGCGGGCAGGGUUUAAGCCCAGACCGUCGGGCCUCGCUGCUCACGUCCCUGCUUCUCGUUAAACGCGACUACCGCUACGAUCGGGUGCUGUUCUGGGGCAGGAUCCUCGGCCUGGUCGCUGACUACUACAUCGCACAGGGUUUGGGCCCCGACCAACUAGGGGAGCGGAAAAGCUUGUACAGUUUGAACUGCAUGGAAUGGAGUCUCCUGCCACCAGCGACAGAAGAGAUGGUGACCCAGACAUCUGUGGUAAAGGGCCGCUUCAUGGGGGACCCUUCGCAUGAGUAUGAGCAUGUUGAGAUGCAGCGCAUGACUGAAGGAGACAGGACAUAUGAAGAUGAGGUGGUGAUCCAAAUCAAGGAGGAAUCUCGCCUAGUGUCAGUCAUUGAUCAGAUUGAUAAGGCAGUGGCCAUCAUCCCCCGUGGAGCCUUCUUCAAGACCCCCUUUGGACCUGUUCAUGUCAAUAGGACCUUUGAAGGAUUAACUCUGGCAGAUGCCAAGAAGCUCACUUCCUACUUCCAUUUCACGGAGCCUAUAGAAUUAAAGAACAAGAGCCUGCUGGAGAAAGCUGAUUUGGACCCUUCCUUAGACUUUCUGGACAACCUAGAACAUGAUAUCCCUAAAGGUCUCAGUCCCCUUCAGCCAGAGCUGAUAUCCUGAUUGUUAGCUGGCUCAGCUGUAAAGAAAGGAGGGUGAUUUUAUCUGUAAGUGGACAAGACUCUGAGAAGUGGUGAUCUAUUCACACCAGUGCUUAAGGUUGUAGGAAACUGGUAGGGAAGCUCAUAAGGUGGGAGGUAGAUGAGAGGAAAGGGAUAAAGAAAGAAGCAACAGUUACUCUAUUAGGCAAUUUGCUUUAUUGCCUUUGAAGAAUGUGAAUAAAGGGUGUUUGCUGGGAUGUCAUGGGCCAAAACAAAACAUAUUAAUUCUUAAAAUAUGAGAUAUCCCUCCUUAACCCCUCUCCCCACACCAAAAAAAUUAAAUAAAAAUGAGAGCAGCAACCUGCAGUGCAGAGCCCACUUAAGAGUGCAUUCAUGUCAGUUUAGAUGAACUGGGUUAGGAGUACCAAAAUACUAAAAAUCUUCAAACUUCCAUUUAUUCAAUGGCUUUUUAAUUCUCUUCUCCUUAACCUUUAUCCACAGUUUCUGAUAUGACCAAAAUGGACUGGUUGGAGUUUCACCUCUUCAUUUCCUUUGCCCUCCCUCUGGUAGAGGGCUUUAAUAACCCCAGUAAAGGAUUUAAUGAGCAAUGAAAUGGCCAAAAGGCUCUCAGGAGAUGUAAAAGGUCUGGAUAAUCAGCCUCAGGAUAAUUAAAUUGUCUUCAUUUCUACCAACGAAACCACAUAAACCAGGAUGAAAUUCCAAAAGUUCUGGAACCUUUUCUAAUAGCCAGCUGGGCACUAGUAACUCUAGUUGGAGGUUCUCAGCUUCAACUCAAUCUAAUCUGUCUGCCUGUUCCUUCCCCAGGGUCCUGGAGUGUCCAGAUGGAGAGAGGAAAUGCAUUGGUUGUACUACGAAGUUUGCUUUGGCCAGGGCUGACAUUCUUCCAUGCUCCCAGGACCAAGAACCAUGGUUAUAUUUAUGUGGGCACUGGUGAGAAGAACAUAGAUUUGCCCUUCAUGCUGUGACUAGGGUGUGCCUCAGACUGGGUACUACUUAAUAUGCUGAGACACUUUAAUAUUUUCAUAAAUCCCCAUGAAUUUA